GCGAGGCCAAUUUUGACCCCAGGGCUUUUAUUUGAAAAAAGUUGAUAGACACUCAUUAGAAGAUGUUUCUUGCCAAAUAUCUAAGCUCUACCUCUUUGGGUUUUUUAAAAGAAGAUAUUUUAAGUUUUUUCUUUCGGUUGCCAAUUAGCAACCAGAGUUCUGCAUGGAAUUAAAAUUCUUUGAACAAUUUUUUAAGGUGACCACCAAAGGACCAUUCCUGUGAAGUUUGGAUGAAUUUGGCUUAGCAAUUUAUGAGGAGAUGUCGAUUAAAAUAAAAGUUUACAGACUACGGACGAAAAGUGAUCACAAAAGCUCACCAUGUCACUUUGUGACAGGUGAGCUAAAAAGUCAAGAACCAAAUAACACAGAUUGAAAUUUCAAACAUGUUUUCCAGUCUCCAUGGAACAAGGAAGAAAUGUUUUAUCCUUUCUGUUUUACCAGAAUGUGCAGACAAUUAUAGACCCAAAGUAGAACAAAUGAAGUAUGCAAAAGAUUUAACAGAACUUAGAGAAAAGAAUGCAACAGUUUGUAAUGAAAUUUCUGUCAGUAUGACAGAAGAGAAGGUAAAUUAAUGUUGAAAUGGUAACUUAAAUCAGCAAGCAGCUCAUUGAAUACACUCCCACUAUUUCAGGCAGCUGCUUUAACUAGCAUCGAUUCAUGAUAUUGACCUUUACAGUGAGCUUUGAACGACCAAUGUAAGUUUUUCAAUUUCUAAUUCAAUAGAAAAUCUUUAUAAGCAGUUUCAUUGGUUGAAACAUAUCGCAUGUGUACAAAAUUUAUAAAUAGACAGGUAUUUGCUCACAAUUUUGUAAACAAAAUGGCGACUGUUAAAGAAUCAAAUUUCGAUAAGCUUGCAAAUAUAAUCUAUCAUUGAGCAGAACAAUGUCACAUUAAUUUUGUUUGUGCAGACAGGAUCAGGAAAGUCUCUGUGUUUUCAAGGAUUAUCAUAUUUAUAUAGUGAACUUGGUCUCACAGAAAACCCAAUCGUUUUCGUAAUUUUGCCCUUAAUUUCACUGAUAGAGGCACAAGUUCAGGAAUUACAAGAUAAACAGGUUUACAGCGGUAAGAAUUCCAGGGAAAAUAUUGAGAUGCGCCGAGGAAAAUAUUCAUGUGUGUACUCCAAUCCAGAAAAUCUAACAUCAGGCCCCGUGUUCACUAACAUUUCUGAUCCUUAUAUUUGGAUCAAGAUCAAGUUUUUGGAUCAAUUUUCGGAUCAAGAUCAAAGUUGGUGUUCACAAAGAAUAACAAUCAAAUCUGAUCCGAAAAUCUGGAUAAAACUGAUCCAAAUUUUGAUCCUUGUAUUUAGUUGGAUCAAAUUAAAGAUCAAUCCCACAAUACACUCUGAAAAAUGGCUGAGUAUGUGUCAUGGCAGUGUUGGUUGCGUUAUUUGAGUAGCCUACCAUUUGAUCAGCGGGUGUUUCGGGAUCGUUCGAACCUGCUAGAACAAGGUCACAUUAAUUUUGUUUGUGCAGACAGGAUCAGGAAAGUCUCUGUGUUUUCAAGGAUUAUCAUAUUUAUAUAGUGAACUUGGUCUCACAGAAAACCCAAUCGUUUUCGUAAUUUCGCCCUUAAUUUCGCUGAUAGAGGCACAAGUUCAGGAAUUACAAGAUAAACAGGUUUACAGCGGUAAGGAUUCCAGGGAAAAUAUUGAGAUGCGCAGAGGAAAAUAUUCAUGUGUGUACUCCAAUCCAGAAAAUCUAACAUCAGGCCCCGAGUUCACUUACAUUUCUGAUCCUUAUAUUUGGAUCAAGAUCAAGUUUUUGGAUCAAUUUUCGGAUCAAGAUCAAAGUUGGUGUUCACAAAGAAUAACGAUCAAUUCUGAUCUGAAAAUCUGGAUAAAAUUGAUCCAAAUUUUGAUCCUUGUAUUUAGUUGGAUCAAAUUAAAGAUCAAUCCCACAAUACACUCUGAAAAAUGGCUGAGUAUGUGUUACGGCAGUGUCGGUUGCACUAUUUGAGUAGCCUGCCAUUUGAUCGGCGGGUGUUUCGGGAUGGUUCAAACCUGCUAGAGAACUACAGCAGUGAGGAAAUCCGGCAAUGUUAUUGGUUUUUUCCUCAAACCAUCUUGUCUAUUGUUGUCUACAAUUUCUCUAAAAAGAACAUCUUAAGAGACAUCUUUAAGUAAGCCAACACACAGAAGAUACAAUUCUCUUUUUAAAGGAAUUACAUGUACAUCAAAGUCAAAUCUGUUUUAAUAUUAGCCUAAACAUGUGUGAUAAAAUUCAUAUCUUUUAUUCCUUUGAUAACUCUAAUGUUUAUUCCCAGGUACAAAAAGGAAGCAGCCUAGUCAAGACGAAUUAUACCAGCUGGAAUUGAUACGUGUCAAGCUUGAAGGUGACCUUCUCAAGCAGAGACUUGCUCAAGAAAGGGAUUUAUUUUUUAUUAAAAAACAAAUGCUGGAAGAAAGCAGGCAAUGGGCUUUGUAAACAAGAACACUCAACUGAAAUCAUUUGUACACACCAUGUCCAAAAUUCAACACGCUCCCAAAAGUACAUCUAGCUUUCAGUGUCAUGAACCCACAGAUUCUAUCCAAAACAGUAUCUGGAGCACUUGAAUUGUCAUAAUUAUGGUAGUGCUGUCCAUAUAUGGACAAGUUUUUUUAUUUUCUGAAUAUGAGAAGUUUAUAUAAGGUGAAAACUGAAGAGAAAUGAAAAUUUAACCCCCUACACUAGAGUUGAUGUUCCCCACCUUACCUGGUUACAGGAUGACUUCCUUUGAUAAAUGCAAGAAUUGGAAAAAUCUGUAAUGGAGCAACCUGAACAUUUAUUCCAAAGUGAGAGGAAUAAAAUGCUUUUGUAAAUUCAAACAUGGAUUGGUUUGAUUUUUUAUGUCAAAGUCAAUGAACCCUUCCAAAAGCCUUAUAAUGCCUAUCUGUUACCUGCAUCUUGUCCUCAAUUUUCCUCUGAGGAAACUACAUGGGGACUGAAAAAUGAUAAGAUUAAAUAUUUUGGAAUAUGUACUUUCAGGCAGUUUAAGGUCUCAUCUGUUCAUGACAAUGGUCUGACUUAUUCCAUGGAGCUUAAUAUAGAAUGGAGAAGCUAUUGUGACGUCACACAGUUAAAUUCAGCAUAGACGCAAAACGUGUUCCCGUAUGUUAUCAUAUGUCGUGGGAUUUUCCGAGCUUUGAUGCAUCCUGGGAAAAAGUAGCCGUAAACCGCCAUAUUGAUUUCACGGCAAUAUACCGAUAAUAAAAGCUGAUCAUUUUCUUCUAAUAUAUGAAGCAAUAGUUUAUGAUGAAGUUAAAGGUCACGGUAGAAAAUGAUUGUAAAUAAAGUUUGGAUUAGACAGGUUUGCUUGUUUUGAAGAAAUUGAGUAUUUUUUAGGAGAAAAUCUUGUUGGAAGCAGAUGGUGUGGAUACUAUGCCAUUCAGCGGUAUAUUAACAAUCCUGCGAGAGUGGUCAAUUUUAAUUUGUUAAGGAUCUUUAACUGUUAGAUCAAUACGUAUAAUUCUUGCAUUUUCUUAUUAAGGAUUUCUCAAUUGAAAUAUGAUUUUUCGUUUUUUGUUUUGAUGCUAGUUUUUUCCAGUUUUUUUAAGCGUAUUUUUCUAGUCUGAACAGAGCUUCAAUACAGUAUUUCCGGACAAUUAUAAGGAAUUAUCUGCACAUGGCUAUGGUUUCUUUUCAUCCUCAUUUUUGAACUGGGAGCUCUAAAAAUUAUUAAAAUGAUUAAUUGUUAACAACAAUUUAUGUUUAAAUAAUUUCACAAACUGUAAUGAUGUGUUUUUUUUUGCAAACUAGUCAAAUCGGCCCCUAGUCAGAUCGGCCCCAAGUCAUAUUGGCCCCAAAAUUAGUCAAUUAGGCCUCAAAAUUAGUCAAAUUGGCCACACAACAAUUUUAAAAAGUCAAAUCGGCCCCAAAACUAGUCAAAUCGGCCCUAAAGUUAUUUUUAUGUAAAAUCCUAUUUUGGUUAAAAUAAUGUUGUUAGCCAAAAAUUACAAGAUUAUCAACUGAGAAUUGCACAGUUUAACAUAAAUGUACCAAUUAAAAAUAAUUAGAUUUUUUUAAAAAAAUAAUCAGAAGCCCAUUAUUUCAUAAUGGAGUUAUCAAAUCAGUAGAAAUCACAUUGUUAUUUAAAUUGAUAUUAUACUUACAUUUUGUCCGUCAAGUUCAACUCUUUUCUUUUAAGAAAAUCAAAUGCUUCCGAUGCUUUCUGAACGAUAUAUAUUUAUUAUCUGUUGAAAAGUUUUGUCAUGACAGAAUGUAACGUUAAUUUGACUUAUAUUUUAGGUGAUGCGUACUCCGUUCAUCAUGCUUUUGACAAUUCAUGCAUUUGUGCGUAGCAGGUUCCGCUGGUGUUUGUAGCUAUGACAGGAAGGACAAGUGCGGAUUAUGAGCACGUAUUAAAAGCCAUCAAACGAGGUUUAAGGAACCAACAAGAGGUUGAAGAGGUAGUCUGUGACUUCGAAAAGGCCAUCUGGAAAGCUUUGAGGCGGGUUUUCCCGACCGUACUCAUGAAGGGAUGUUCAUUCCAUUGGGGCCAGGCUGUUUGGCAUCAUAUACAGGUAGGACUUGGGUUGUCCACAGAUUAUAUGAAUAACCACGGAUUGUACUCUCUUCUGCGCAUGAUUUUCUGUCUGCCUUUCCUACCCAUGGAACACAUCAUCGAAGUGUUCGAUAAGAUGGAAGACUUCAACACAUCUGAACAUCUUGAACCAUUGUUCCAGUACCUCAGAAGAACGUGGUUCGAAUCCUCAACGUGGACGGUAAAAAAAACUGGAGCGUAUUUGGACAGAUGGCAUCGUCGUCUGAAUAUCAGAGCUGGAAUGUCGCCGCCUUUCUACAAUUUGAUUAAGCUAUAGUACAAAGAAGCAAGAUUCGUGGAAUCGCAAGUGCGACUUGUUUCUGAGAUGAAGCAGCGGCGAAUGCAAAGAAAGACUUACAGAUCUAUGCAGUCGCAGAUAUUUCAAGCUUGGAACAAUAUGAUUUAUUAUUUGUGUCUUAUACUAAAUUAAGUGACAUAACGACCAUUUCUUUCAAUGUCAAGUUGAAUAUCAUUAGUAAUAUAUUGGAACAGAGGCUAGUAUAAUGAUCACAGACUGAUAAUUGAUCAUGAAAAAUGUGUGUGAUACAAUGUAAAUAUAAUUAAUGUUAAUUUCUAAUUUGUAUAAUAUCAUUCAAAUGAAUAUACAUUUAUAUUAUAAUUGUUGACUGUUUAAUACUUCCAUUUAAUUUUUCUGCUUGCAGCUAUCGUGCGAAACAACUGUCGGCAACGGCACUGCUGAAGAAGGUUUCAAGUCUUUACCAACCCAGGGUGCUUAGACAAGAAGCAGAGUAAUGUGCGAAUAAUGUUCAGUGAUAAGAAGUGACAAUUACAUGAGAAGUGACAAUUACAUGUAUACUGUUUCAUAUGUUUAUAGACAAUAAAUUAGAUUGAUUAUUAUAUGUUUUGUUCUUGUUUUCUAUGUAACCCAUUGUUAGUCAUUUGGUAUUCAUUUGUGAAUGUGAACAGCAGGAUAUCGAUUUUAAGGAUGCUUUAGGGUCAAUGACAAUGAAAUCACGAGAGAUAAAGGCUAAAAUGUGAGACUGUCAAUCUGACUAACCUUGAAGUGAAUAAAUGGAAAAAAAUGUUUCUUUCAAUAGCAUGGGCAUUUAAGGAAGAGGUACAUGAUUAUUUAGAAGUAUUUGUAUAUGAUAUUUCUUAAUUAUUAUAUUCUAAUAGCUUUUUUUUCUUGACUUGUUUAAAGGCUGACACAGGACAGUUUAUUUUAAGUCAGUGAGCUUUUGUCACUGGAUAGACUAUUGUCACAAAAAGACAAAUUUAUAAAAAAGAAUUACAGUGUAUUUAAAUAUCAUCUUAUACAAGAAAUUAUGAAAAAAAUAAAUAGCAAGAACAAUUGUGACAUGUAACAUGUAUUUAGGAAUUCAGCUUUCCUUUCCUUUUCACCUCAGGACAAUUCACAUUAAAAUAAUGAAUAUUCACAGUAAGCAGUGUUAGCACUCCGACAUAUCUGACAUAUAUGAUCAUCUUAUCAUCACUUAGCUUAUCAGAAUCACUCACAUUUAUGAAUUUAAAUAAUUUUGAAAAAAUUGCUGCUUAGCAAAUAGAUAAAAUACUUGGGGUGUCUGUGACUGAUUGGUUUAGUUUCUUGACUUUAAGCCUUUCACUGCUGUAAGUUCGAGCUCAGCAAGGGUUUACAAGUUUUUUCAUGUGAGAAAGCUCAUUUAUGGAACAUUGAUGGUACCCAUGUGCCUGAAAUCAUACACAUAGGUGCACCAAGGCCCCCCAUCCCCCGAAAAAAAUAUAUACAAAAAUAGUGGAAAUUUUAUUUUGCAAUUAACUUUUUCUAAACAAAUAUACAAAUAUUUCAGGAAACAGAGGCGCUUAUAUGAUAGAACAGUAAAAGCAGGAGUGAUAAGGAAAGACACAUGUAGAUGUGUCUUCAUGUCGGAAACACUAAAGAAAUAGAAAUAUUUGGGUUUUAUAAAACUUAAAAGAAAUUGGAAUACCAGGAGACUGCCUGCCCUUUGCAAUGUUGGUUAAUGAGUUCUUAGAUGUGAUGUCGAAAGCCUCAUGAAUAUAGUACCAUGACUUAAUCUAAUUAGAAAAAGAAAUGACAUUGAGGAGAAAACUAGUCACCAGUCUUUCACCAAGAACAUGAGAUAACUUUCUUCUCCCCAAUCUGAAGCUUUAAGGUUCAGUUCUGAAUAAAGGCAACAGGCUAGAUAUGCUGCCAGUGGGCUUGUCUAAUUAUGUACAUAUUUUGAUUACCCACUCAAUAUAAGCAUUGUUCUUAACGCAGGCAUUCAAGUCCUAUGGGCACAUUUUUAGUUUUGACUAUAUUUUGUUGUAUAAUGUCAGUCUUGUAUGUUAAAAAUCCUUAAAACAGCACCUCCUAUACCACUGGCUGUUAAUGCAUUAAAGCUUCUUUCAUUCAGAUUGUUAUAACUUGUGUCACCUCAAUAUGUACCAAUAAUUUAAAGGGACUCACUCCAUUGAGGUUUAAAAGCCUAAAACAUAACAUUUGAAUUUCUACAGAAAUGAGCCGGGGCAAUUGAUACAGA